AUGUCUGUUGAACACCUACAAUUUAUAUCUAGGACACAUUUUAAACUUAAACGAGACAGUAGGAAUUCUCCUUUUUAUUUAGAAGAUUUUUCUCGAAAUGGAACAUUCAUAAAUGGUGAAAAAGUUGGCAAAGGAAACCGAAGAAUAUUGCAAAAUGAAGAUGUUAUAGCAAUAGAUCAUCCAUUCAUAGUUAGUGUCUACAACAUUGUUGAAACUCCUGAAGCAGUAUUUUUGGUAUUGGAACUUAUGAAUGGAGGUGAUUUAUAUAAUAAAAUUAAAGAGUCAAAAUAUCUGAAAAAACCAAUUGUUAAGAAUAUUAUAUACCAAAUAGCUGUUGCUGUUAAUUACUUACAUCGGCAGAACAUUACACAUAGAGAUUUAAAACCUGAGAAUAUUCCGUUACAAAGAAAUACUAUCAGAGAAUUGUUACUAUCAAACUAUCAGACAGCUGAUCAAAUUUGCAAAGGAAAAUACUCUUUCAAACAAUGUAUUUGGUCUUCGGUUAGUGCUGAAUGCAAAGAUUUAAUUUCUAAAAUGUUAAAAGUAGAUCCAAAAACUAGAUAUAGCAGUUCCGAAGUUCUUAAUCAUAAAUGGUUACAGGAUCCCGAUGUUAUUAAGCGUUACAAUAAUUUAUUAAAUCAGGAAAAUGAAAAACAGGAAAUUACUGUUUCUGAUUUGGAAGAUUCAAUAAAUGAACAUUGUAAUAAUUCUUGUCCUGAAAAUUGUCUAGAUAUAAUAGAACCACCUGCCAAACGUCAUCGAAGUCUACUUAUUUUUUAG